AUGGUUAGCGUUAGAAGAAGAAGAGCACAGAAGUCAAGUGUUCGUAAAGUGUCUAGAAAAAGUAAAGAUAAGUUCAGAAAGGUGUCCAACUUUGGUAAUCCUGUCAUAGCUGCUCAUUGGGACCAGAAGCUUACACUAUCUCAGAACUAUGCGAAACUCGGGCUCAAAUAUAAACUUGGAAGAAAAGCGGGUGGAUCUGAGAAGAAGGUUAAAAUCAUAAAACCGAUUAAGGUUGACGAUGAUGGAGAGGAUUUAGAUGGAGCACAAGAUCUUGACAUGGAUGAGGAGGAAGAUGAGUUGAAAAGGCCAGAAGAUGAUCCUAAUUUUGAUCCAUAUGACCCGGCAAAUAUUUUGGAAGGUACAGCUAAAAUAAUAAAGGAUAAGGAUGGAAAGACUGAGAAGAUUAUAUUUGGUACCAAAAAGUUGAAUAAGGAUAAGGAUGAAGAAGAAGAAGAUAAAGAAGAAGAAGACAGUCAAAUUGAAAAGACCAACAUGAUUAUCGAGCAGCUUGAGGCGAGGUCACAUAAAGCGAAGAAAGAGAGAAAAAUGAAUGAGUUUGAUAUGGAGUUUCUCAAUAGAUUGAAUGCCAAAUAUGGAGAUGAUUAUGAGGCGAUGAAAUGGGAUAAGAAAUUGAACCCGUUCCAGCUUAGUCCCGGUGAUCUCAAGAAGAGGUUCCGGUCCUGGUGCAAACAGAACCAGAGUGAAGAGUACGAAGAGGAAGACUCCGUAUAUGCAGACGCCCUAGACUCAUGA